AUGUUCAAGAAUAUAUUAACAUCGUUGAAACAGACGGUGGCCAAGACUGCUGGUCAGGCACUGCCAGGCACAGGUCCAACCUUGCCAGCAUCAACAAGUCAUAUUAAAUUACAAUCUGCUGCUGCUGCUGCUGCCGCAAACGCUGCCAACAGUGCCAAUAACAAUGGCAAUGGUGGUGUAGGCGGAGGUGGACUGUCAUCAGACUCAAGAUGGAGGGUGCCUAAAGGUCACAACACAGGUAUCAAUGUCAACAAUACAUUGGUGAGGGAGAAGCGAAAGGUACCAUUCAUACUCGAAGGCAGCGAUCGUUCUAUCUCAUGGUACACAUGUGGACCAACAGUAUACGACAGUGCUCACUUGGGUCAUGCAAGAGCAUACGUAUCAGUCGAUAUCAUUCAAAGACUUCUUACAGACUACUUCAAUCUCAAUGUUAAUCAUGUGAUGGGUAUGACAGAUGUCGAUGAUAAGAUUAUAAAGAUGUCACAGCAGAAGAACAUAUCACAUCGCGAUCUGGCAAGAAGUAAAGAACUCGAGUUUGUAAAGGACAUGGAGUCGCUCGACAUCAGACCACCCUUGCUCAUCACUCGUGUCAGUGAGCACAUCACCGACAUUGUAUCAUUCGUCAAGCAGAUCAAGGAUAAUGGCUAUGCCUAUGAGGCCAACGAAACAUCUGGCACAGAGUCCUCGAUCCUUUUUGACACGGGUGCCUUUGGCGAUCGCUAUGGCAAGUUCCAACAGGCCGAAAACAAGAGCGGACAAUCAGAUCAGAACCUGGCCAUCCAGAAGGAUGGCAAACGAAACCACCGUGACUUUGCCCUGUGGAAGGCGUCCAACCCUGCCGAAAAAGAUGGCACAGGUCAGGCAGUCUCAUGGGGAUCACCAUUCGGCAGUGGACGACCUGGCUGGCACAUUGAGUGUUCUUCAAUGAUUCACUCGAUAUUUGGAGAGAAGCUUGAUGUACAUGCUGGUGGCAUUGAUCUUCAAUUCCCUCAUCAUGAGAAUGAGAUUGCUCAAUGCGAGGCUCAUUUCUGCAACAAUCCAGACCCUCAUACCAAUCAGUACAAACAAUGGGUCAACUACUUUAUGCACAUUGGACAUCUCAAUAUCAAGGGAUCCAAGAUGUCCAAGUCACUCAAGAACUUCAUCACCAUCAGAGAAUACCUAGAGACAAACAGUGCCGCAUCAUUCAGGUGGCUCUGCCUUACCAAUCACUACUAUGAACCAAUCAACUAUACACCCUCCAACAAGACAUACUUUGAAUCACUGACUAAGUUCCAGGAUUGGUUCACUCUCGUUGAGAUGGGACUGUCCGAGCCUAUUAACAUCAAUUUACAGCGAACAAAGUAUGCUCAGGCCAAGUCAAUCAUUGACUUGUUCAACUUCUCAAAGAAUGAUGUACAUUUGGCAUUGUGCGACGACUUCAAUACUUCAAAGGCACUCAAGAUCAUGCAGUUGCUAAUAAGGGAGACAAUGCAGACUGACACACAACUGAAGCCAAUGCCUCGAGACAUCCUCUACAACAUCUACGACUACAUCAAGAGGAUGUUCCGCGUGUUUGGCAUGUUGGAGGACGGACAGAUGAAGCUGCGCGUUGAGAAGAAGCCCGAGACGCAGCAACAGGACGAGCGAUUCACCGGUCUGGAGAAGCUGCUGGAGCAAUACCUCGACUUUAGAUGCUCGGUGCGUACAUAUGCCCGUAGCAAGGACGCCCUGGAGCCAGCGAAGCUCCUGGAGCUCUGCGACGAUGAGCGAAUCAACUUGUUGAUCGGUGGCAUAUCUGUACAGGAUGAGAUCGAUGACAGCUAUAGCUACUCGAUCCUGGACCAACAGACUGUUGAGAAGGAGUUGUCUAAGACUCGCAAGAGGUCUCUGCCCAAGGCUGACAUCGAAGUGGACUACGAGCCCAACCCCACAGACACCCAUGAUGGAUUCGACAAGUUAAGCAGAGCAAUCCUUGAUCACAUGACAGAAUCAUCACCAUCCUCCACGACUUCAACUUUAAUUUCCACUUCCUCUUCCACGUCCACACCCAACCCAAACAAUCAAACUCAGAAGCAUGUACCAAAGCAACAACAAACACAUCGAGCACCUGCGACACAGACUCAACAACAAGAGACAACACCUCCAACUCAAACUCCAACUCAAACUCAAUCAUCAAAGCCAAGCUUGGAGCUUUAUGACAAUCUUGGUCAAAAGAUGUUGAAGAAACCAAAGAAGGAAUACCGUGAGGAGGAUUAUUCAGCAUUCGAUCAGUAUGGCGUGCCAACGCAUGAUGCUGAUGGAGAGGUACUGGACGAUCGUGCAAGGGCGGUUCUGCGACUGAUGGUCAUCAAUCACUACACGAUCCUGUUGGCCAAGUACAGGAAGACACUCAACCGCUGGAAGUCACCUCCAUCAUCAAGAAGCAGAAGAAAGGAUAUGCGUCUGGACUUGCGAACAAACAAUACUAAUGAUCAAUCGCCCAACAACAGCAACAACAACGACAACAAAGACGCAUGA